AUGUCAGAUGUUGAAGCUUCCCAGGCUACGAGCCGGCGUCACAUCACGACGGCCUGUGCACGAUGCAGAGAGAGUAAGAUUAAGUGUGACGGGAAGCGUCCCAUUUGUGGUAUAUGCAGCAGCAAAAAUCGCGAUUGUUCCUACAAUGUUCGUAUGGACAAGCGAAGGAUCUCAUUGCGGCGGGCUGUUGAAGUGUUCUCGCGUCGCGUUUCUCAGUUGGAAGCAUGCCUUCACCAUCAAGACAUCGAGAUUCCCGCGCCUAUCGAGGAAGACAGUGUAAUGUUGCAGUAUCUCACAGAGUCGUAUGGAGACUCUCUGCCAAUCCCUGAGAAAGAGGUCGCGCCUGAGAUGCCUGAGUUGAGCCAAGCCAUGCCCUUGGGUGAGAAUAUCGCUCAGUCCUCAACAUUUGAAGGUGAUGGCGCGGCAAAUCUCCAGUCUGACGCGUCAAUCUCGACAGACACGAUCAAAACGCCUAUGACACUAUCCGGAGACAUGACAGACCAGAUUAGAGUGGGUUACAGUACAUCAUCAUCGCAUCAAUUACCUAUGGAUACGAACAUCGAUGCAGAUUUUAUAUGGUACAUGUCUACCCUGCCGUCUCUGUCCGCAGGUAUUGGAGAUCGGCUAGUUGGUCCACUGCCAAUCUCUUUGGGCGGUGAGAACCCUACAACGCUCCAGGAUGACCAUGGUAGUUCAGAUCCCUCGGCUGCAGCUCCUCUUCCAGAUGACGAUGAAGAGCACGCGGAGGAGGAGGAUUCAGCAGAAGUCUCGCACCAAUUUUCUGAGCGACUGGGGACAUUGUUGCUGAAUGCCAAUGGGGAAUGGAGAUUCUACGGCGCCACGUCUAAUCUUCAUUUGGUCCACGGUGAUUUUGGGCAUGACUUUCCUGACUUUAGUCGCCGAAAAAGUGUUCAAGCCAUACUUGAUACUGCAGGCGUGGGCCAUGCAGUUGAUCAACAGCUCAUCAACCACCUGAUCACUCUGUACUUUACCUGGCAGAACCCGAGUCUUCGCGUGGUUGAUCAGGCGGCUUUCGAAAUUGCUCGCGACGAAUUUCUGCUGAGCCCCAAAGAGGACGGACUCUAUUGCGAGUUUCUUGUGAAUGCGAUGUGCGCUGUUGGAGCAUCGUUCGAGCGACGCAAACAUCCAGAACUCCCGGCUCCGUUGAGUGACUUCUUCGCUAAUCGGGCAAAGAGUCUUCUGGACUCGGAGUUGGACAAACCUCGACUUAGCACUGUUCAGGCCCUUGCUAUUCUAAGCACCCAUGAAGGAGGAGCUACCCGUGAUACACGAGGUUGGUUGUAUAGCGGUAUGGCUAUGAGGCUUGCCUUUGACUUAGGUCUCCAUAUUGAUCCGACACCGUAUGUCGCAAGUGGCAGAAUGUCAGAUAUCGAAGCCCGGGUCCGAAACGUCACGUUCUGGGGAAUAUUCGCCACGGAUCGGAUGUGGGGUUUCUAUCUCGGCAGACCGUUUCAUAAUACACUCGAGAACGUUACUCUAAAGCGGCCUUCUGAAGACUCUAUCACACAUCCCAUCACCUUUUGGACACCGUAUGGGACUCCGGUUGCAAACCAACAAACGUGGCCAGAUACACAGGAACUCAUCGCGAGUAGAUGGGUCGCGUUGUAUGAGAUCAUGUCGGAGCUUGGAUACAAGAUGUACUGCAGGACGGAUGUCAACAAGAUUGAACUGCAGUCUUUGGCUGAAAACACCCUCCAUGAGCUGAACACGUGGAAAUCAACCUUACCACCGGAACUGGUACUGAAUGUGGAUGAUUUGGGUGCUGGUGUCUAUCUUCCGCAUACUCUGAUCCUGCAUAUGCAACAUGCCUUUUGCAUCAUGAUUCUUCACCGCCCCUUUGUUGCCAAAAGCUAUAUUCAGCCCUAUCCUCGAGUUGGCGCAGGACACGAGCAUGCACGGAGCAUGUGCGUAAAAUCUGCCAUCGACAUUGCUAAGCUGAUUGGAGGCUAUAAACUCCGCUUCUCUCUGCGUCGUGCGAAUGUCUUGUUCGUCCAUAUAGCAUUCACGGCAGCCCUGAUCUUGGUCUACGCCGCUGUAUCAGAGCUGGAGAACCGUGAUAGAACUCAAGUAUCUGCGCAUCUGGAUAUUUGCUGCCAGGCAUUGGCUGAGCUUGAAUCCUUCGGGGCCUCGUACCUGGCCGUGUUGACGGGCUUCACGACAUUCUCCGUCGGCUUUGCCAUCGCCCCUAUGGUGCUAGCCCCUUUCUCCGAGAUCAACGGCCGUUAUCCGGUCUUUACCGCUGCAGCCAUCGUGUACACUACUUCUCAAACUGUGUGUAGCGCGGCCACCUCUCUCGCGGGCAUGUUGAUCGCGCGCUUCUUCACGGGUGUCGGCGCCAGCGUGUUCAGCACCAUGGUUGGCGGCUUCAUCACCGAUCUCUGGGAGAAGGAGGACCUGCAACAUGCCAAUGGCUGUGUUCAUCGGAGUAGGCAUCGCAGGUACAGGCGCUGGUCUCCUGGCAGCGGCAGCCAUCGUUCAUUUCCGCGUAACGAGGAGACCGGCGAGGCCUGGCAGUGGGUGUUUUGGCGCAUGGGCAUCGUGACUGGCGCUGUGUCCAUUGCGCUCACGAUGCUGAUGCGUGAGAUUCGAGGGCCUGUAUUGCUUUCGAGAAAAUCCAGGGCGCUGAACAGCUGGUAUGAACAAUUGGAGGCGACUGGAUCGUAUGGUGUCUGGGUCUCGAGUGAGUCCCCUACCAGUGUACAGACUGGAGAAAGACAGGUCAAGGGCUGUGAAGCCGAUAUCACAUCCAGUAAACCAGCAGCAACCUUCACCACUGCCUCGAUGUUAUUGCAUCCACAAGCACAAUCCCUGAAACGCAAAAUAAUACGCUGGGUCGUCAAGGAGGAUGAGGAGCGAGCCUCUCUGUUCGAGUCAUGA